GGGCACCGGGCACCGGGCACCGGGCCGGGCAGUGCCCCCCGACAGCAUGACGUCCAGCAAGAUCGAGAUGCCCGGAGAGGUGAAGGCGGACCCCGCCGCCCUCAUGGCCUCUCUGCAUCUCCUCCCGUCGCCCACCCCCAACCUGGAAAUCAAAUACACCAAGAUCUUCAUCAAUAAUGAGUGGCAGAACUCAGAGAGCGGCAAAGUGUUUCCUGUCUUCAACCCCGCCACAGGCGAGCAGGUGUGCGAAGUUCAGGAAGCUGACAAGGCCGACACGGACAAAGCUGUGCAGGCCGCCCGCCUGGCCUUCUCUCUGGGCUCUGUGUGGAGGCGGAUGGAUGCUUCGGAGCGGGGCCGCCUCCUCGACAAGCUGGCUGACCUGGUGGAGAGAGACCGGGCCGUCCUUGCGACUAUGGAGUCCCUGAACAGUGGCAAACCCUUCCUUCAGGCCUUCUACGUGGACCUGCAGGGUGUCAUCAAAACCCUGCGCUACUACGCUGGCUGGGCCGACAAGAUCCACGGAACCACCAUCCCUGUAGAUGGGGACUACUUUACCUUCACGCGGCACGAACCCGUCGGCGUGUGCGGACAGAUUAUCCCGUGGAACUUCCCGCUGCUGAUGUUCGCCUGGAAGAUCGCCCCGGCGCUGUGCUGCGGGAACACCGUGGUCAUCAAGCCCGCGGAGCAGACGCCGCUCAGCGCCCUCCACAUGGGGGCGCUCGUCCGAGAGGCCGGCUUCCCCCCGGGGGUGGUCAACAUCCUGCCGGGCUUCGGGCCCACGGCCGGGGCCGCCAUCGCCUCCCACCUUGGCAUCGACAAGAUCGCCUUCACGGGAUCCACCGAGGUGGGAAAGCUAAUCCAGGAGGCGGCCGGCCGGAGCAAUCUGAAGCGGGUCACUCUGGAGCUGGGGGGCAAGAACCCCAAUAUCAUCUUUGCCGACGCUGACCUGGACCACGCGGUGGAGCAGACCCACCAGGGCGUCUUCUUCAACCAAGGGCAGUGCUGCACAGCCGGCUCCCGGGUCUACGUGGAGGAAACCAUCUACGAAGAGUUUGUGCGCAGGAGCGUGGAGCGUGCCAAGAGACGCAUCGUGGGCAGCCCCUUCGAUCCGACCACCGAACAGGGACCCCAGAUCGACAAGAAGCAGUAUAACAAGAUCCUGGAGCUCAUCCAGAGUGGGGUCACCGAGGGGGCGAAGCUCGAGUGUGGGGGCAAGGGGCUGGGUCACAAGGGCUUCUUCAUCGAGCCCACGGUGUUCUCCGACGUCACGGAUGACAUGCGGAUCGCCAAAGAAGAGAUCUUCGGCCCAGUCCAGGAAAUCCUGAGGUUCAAGACUAUGGACGAAGUGAUCGAGAGAGCCAACAACUCUGACUUCGGCCUCGUCGCCGCUGUGUUCACCAGCGACAUUAACAAGGCGCUGACGGUGUCCUCUGCCAUGCAGGCGGGGACCGUGUGGAUCAACUGCUACAAUGCCUUGAAUGCCCAGAGCCCGUUCGGUGGGUUCAAGAUGUCCGGGAACGGUAGAGAAAUGGGAGAAAGCGGUUUGCGAGAGUACUCGGAAGUGAAGACGGUGACGAUAAAGAUCCCCCAGAAGAAUUCCUAAAACGGGGUGGGGCGGGGCAGGGGGUCGGUACGGUUGGUGGGGCCCGACGCUCAGGAACCCCGCCUGGCACCAGUGUCUAUUUAAGAAUGGACCGACCCGGACCCGUCCCUGCCCACCGCCCACCCCCUGCAGCGGCCUGGUCUGCCCUCGACGGCCCACUUACGUCCAACCGGGCCCCCGUGUCCUCCCUGUCCCCCCAUCUUCCCUCGACCCCCAGCCUUCGGUCAGCGGCUCCACUCCCCUCUGGGAUUCCUCCCUGCGGGUGAAGCCCCAUCCCAGGGCGAGUGCCUGGCAGAGCCCAUGUGGCCGGAAGGCACCUGUUUUGCCCCCCAUCUCCCCGAGAUCUCUCCCUUCUCGUCAUCCGGUCCCCGCCCGGGCCCCAAGGAGCUCCCGCAACCGCCCAAUCGUCCCUGUGUCCAUCGGAGAGAGGCUCGGGCCUACCGGGAGCCAGGCUUCCGCAGAGACUGCUGGACGCAAGGGCGGCCUCCCCACGGUAGCAUGUGCCACCCGCGGCCUCCCAGCCCCGUUCGCUGGGCCGAUUCGUCUCUGCCCCUUCCGGGUUCCCGGUCUCAUUGGGACGUAACACUGGCUCCUCACUAGGCCACUCGCUGCUUGGUUGGUUUUUCUUUUUCUUUCAGGAGGCCCGGAGGGCCUGGCUGGUUGGCCAGAGGGAGGCCCGGGGCGCCUUGCCGAGGUUCAAGGUGGACACCGGGCGGGAUGCUACAAGACGAGGGUCCUUCGUGCGAAGCCCCUCCCGCAGCCGAGCACGGCUGCGGCCUGGGAUGUCCGCAGAGGCUGGAGGGUGCUAGCCGUGCCCCGCUCGGGGGCGUGGAGAGAGCAGGACCCGGCUUUCCGUUCUCACCAGCCCUGCCCUAUCCUGCUGCUCCCACACCCCCAGGAGUUGGGAAGAGAGCCCGGUUUUCCACCCUUCCCCUCUGCACCCCGCCUCCCCCAAAGGUUGCCCCCUUUCCUCCUUGCUCACCCCCUUCCCCUGUUGCCCCUGCCGGCUUCCCAAACCCGCCGCAAGCCCAACCUCCGCCCCGAUGAUGACGACGAACGUUUAUUUAAGAGCUCCGAUCCCCGGCCUAGCCUUCCGUGGAAUCGGGGGCAGAGUAUAGCUUACGUGUUUAACAGUUUCCUGCUUUCUAACCAUGCCCGUUUUCUAUUUAUAACUCUCGUCUCUACGUGUGUGUCUUCCAGCGAUUUGUCCUCGCCGUGAUUUCCAACCAAAAGACCCUCACCCCAACCCUCUGGGGGACACCUCACUCCAGACUCCCCAGUGUGAAUGUCCUUUCCUCCUACUGUAGCCACGUCCGAGUGAAAACAUACAGCAACUAACUAGUUAUCUUGGAACUGCAAUAUGAAAUGUGAAAAAGGAGAUUUAUUUCUUUUCUUCUAUUUACUUAAAAAGAAACUUCUGUGCUAGCAAUAAAGCAUUUAUAUUAUGUA